AUGGGUCAAACAUCAACAUCUUAUGUAGAAAACAGAAAGGAAGAGAAUGUACAUGCAGACGUGUCUAAUGAAUCCCCUGAUCUAAAAACUGAAUCCUUAACAUUGGAGUCAAAUGAAGUGAAAUUAUCUGUACCCUCUGGCGUUUCUAGUAGAACAAUUGGCAUUCCUCAGUUAUUAGGUUUUGCAUCUGGUGAAGAAGUGAAUCGAAUUUUACCUGAUUCUCUUUCUUUAACUAUUGCUAAUAAUGUUCCAUCAAGUUGUUGGCCUGUAUCUUCUGAGGUACCACAAUGGUAUUUACUCUACAAUAGUUUUCUACAUGGUCGUUCAUUUCAACAAUUGGUUCAGAGAUUAGUAGAUAAAGGACCAACCAUAAUUGUAAUUAGGUCUUGUGAAUCACCAGUGAUUUUUGGUGGAUUUUGCGGAGAUUCAUGGUUAACGGUUGCUGCCCGCGAAAAACAAGAUAAGAGCCGUUCGGCUGCCUUAAAACGUGCUGCCCGUGAGCAUCAGAUCCCUCAUGGAAUAACCAAACGUCCUUCCAAUCAAGACCCUGUUUUCUUUGGGAGUGAAAAUUGUUUUCUCUUUAGCGAUCGUGAUGGUGGAAGUAUCUACCGCCCCCAUCCAUUAAUUAACUCUAACUUUAUGUAUCUCUUCGACACCCAUCCACUGGAGGAGAAGAUAGGGAUCGGCAUGGGGGGCCGCCCCGGCUGUUUCGGCUGGUUCCUCGACCGCUGGCUCGAGACCGGCGCCUCCCCUCCCACCCGCUGCCCGACCUUCCAGAGCCCCCCAUUCACCCCCGGCCCCUCCUGGCGGGUGGACGGCGUCGAGGCCUACGCCCUCCUCCCCGCCACCGUCGACACUCUCCUCCACCGCGCAGGGGGAGAGACGCAGGGGCAGUCCUGCAUAAGAAACGAGGAAAAUGAGGCAGACAAGAUGUUGCUUCAGCUACACGGUCUGCACGCCUUUGACAAUCGUGAAAGACCAGAUUGCUAG